AUGGUUCAGGAUGUUUCAGGACUGCUGAACCAAAACGGAACUGUUCUGAAUGAGUCCAGUUCUGGUUGGUGUGACAACCAUGGACCAAACCACAGAGAACUGGACCAAAAGUCUGGUUCAAACCAUGGUUCUGGACCAGACUGUGGCAGCACUAACCAGGGUGAACUCAUGAUCUUUCUAUUACAUAUCAGAGUCUUCAAUGGCACAAAAUCCAUCAGCAUCAAAUUCACAGGGCACUUCAUCAAAAUCAUGAGCAACAAGACCAAUAGCCCUGAAAUACCUGUGCUAUUGUUGGCAUUGGUUGUGAUGGCAGUAAUGUCCUUCUGUCUAGUUCCUCAAGGACUUAAGGAGAACGUGCCAAAGAAGUUUCACUACAUGAUGGCUGACAUUUAUGAAGCCAUACAGAUCUUGAAACAGAAGGGCAGUGAAAAUCUGGCCAAUGAGCAUAGAAAGGCACUGGCACUACUUGACCUUGAUGGCAUGGGUGAGGAUUAG